AUGCCUCUUCUCCAUGAAAGUUCUCAGCUCAGGGACUGUCCGCCAACUUUGCCAGUCAUCAUUAUCGGUAAUGGCCCUUCAGGUAUUUGCUUGUCAUAUCUCCUAAGCGGCUAUACUCCGUAUUUGGAUCCAGCAACCGUUCACCCCAAUCCCAUACUUUACCAAAAACUACAGGAGGCCAAGCAUCUGCCUAUUACAGAGCAGGAUCUGGAAUACCUUUGUGAAGGUUUGGAGGGUCGUUCAGAGAACCCAGUGGCUGUGCUCUUCGAUACGCUCCUUCAUCCGAAUGCAGAUAUGGGCUUUGAGUUACCGCCAGUACUGCAGUGGAAGAUGGAGAAGCAGAAUCACAUUCCUCACCUGGUCCUCGGGAAGGGCACACCAGGAGGAGCCUGGCAUGCAAUGGAAGGAUCAAUGCUCACUAUUAGUCUGGGCAUUUGGAUGGAGCUGCCAGGUGUCAAGUACAGGGACAUUAUCCCCGACAAGAGACGGAACGUGACCAAUGACCGGGCCACUCCUGAUGAAAUCUCCUCCUACUAUAAGAAUUAUGUGAAGCUUAUGGGUCUUCAGAAAAACUUUAUGGACAACACGUAUAUUACCUCUGUUCAGAAACUUCACCGUGGUCAUGAUGACAGCCUUAGGGAAGAAACUGGAAUUGAUAAUGACUUUAAAAAUGGUCAGAGGAACUGGUCAAAAGAAAUUGACCAGCCAACAGAGACCAGGGACAUUGGUCAAAAAGACAUUGGCAGUGGGUUUAAAAAUGGUAGUGGUAGAUGUAAAACGGGUGAAGAAGAGACCAAGAAGAAGAGUAACAGCGAUGAUGAGAAUUCUAUGGAGCGUUCACCAGCUUUAUGGGAGGUCAGGGGUUACCAGCAGCUUCAGGAUGACACCCAUGUUCCUUUUAGCCUAUUUGCUGAGAACAUUAUUCUAGCAACUGGGGCAUCUGACUCACCAGCUAGGUUGGGAGUUGAAGGAGAGGAUCUUCCAUACGUGUUCCACAGCGUGCAUGAUCUCAGUGUAGCCAUCAAGCACCAAAGGAGCCUUGGCCCCACGUCUGACCCUGUUCUGGUGGUUGGGGCAGGCCUUAGUGCAGCCGACGCAGUCCUAUGUGCCUACAACCACAGGAUCCCUGUACUUCAUGCCUUCCGCAAGCGAAUCGACGACCCCAGUCUCAUCUUUAAACAGUUACCAAAGACGCUGUACCCUGAGUAUCAAAGGGUCUACCACAUGAUGCGUUCUCAGACCUAUUUGGCAUCCCCUACUAUCAAUCCUGCAGUUCCUGGUGCUUCCACAGCACUGUUCUCAGGCUACACCAGCUUUCCAGAACACUACGUGCUUUCGUUUCAGCCCGACAAGCAAUGCGUACUAAGAGGAUCCAGUGGCAACCUGAGAGCCUUUAAAGUGUCAAUGGUUCUGGUUCUAAUAGGAACCAAUCCUAAUCUGUUCUUCCUUAAGGAGCAUGGUCAGUAUCUAGGCGUGGAUCCGAGCAAACCCAUCUCCUGCAGGCACAACCCAGUGGACAUAAACCCGUACACAUUUGAAUGCAACGCUGAGCCAGGCAUGUUUGCCAUGGGUCCUCUAGUGGGGGACAAUUUUGUGCGUUUUCUAAAGGGGGGUGCUCUGGGAAUUGCCAGCUGCCUGCUUAAGAGAUUAAAACAGAUCAAUUUGAAGGGGAACUAUAUUGCUGAUGACAGAGGUUGUGGUGGAGUUGGUGAAGGUGAUACUUCAGAAGAAGGGGGAGUUCCAAAGGACAUUUUUGCAGAAGGGAAGUGGUAAAAUUGUCUUACAUCACAUGUAAAUACAUCUAUUUUUUCAACUUUACAGCUUUCUAAUAAAUGUGAAUAAAUA